AUGGCACCCUUCCACAUACCCGAACAGCCUAUGGCUUUCUGUGUUCGACCAGAUGUAAUGGAAUAUGAUGAACUGAAACGUUUUCCACAAUACUCUGCUGAGCCAAUCAUAUAUCUAGGCUUGCGUAAUCUCAUCAUUACUCUAUGGAAUAUGAAUCCAUGU